AUGUUGGACUGGGAUAUCCAUCUGCAGGUUGCGAUCGCCAGGUUUAUGAGGCAGAUGUUCCGCUCCGCACCGCUCGAGGGGAUGGAAUCGAGGCCUGGUCUGUCGGCGGUGCCUGGGGAUGCCGCGGAUGAGGUGUGGGCGAACUGGUUGAAAGAUAACUAUGCGUCCAAUUUCCAUGCCAUCGGCACAGCGGCCAUGAUGCCCCGUUCUGUUGGCGGAGUCGUCGACAAUCGGCUGCAGGUGUAUGGCACGACCAAUGUUCGCGUUGUUGAUGCGUCUAUUUAUCCGUUUCAGCUUUGCGGACAUCCGAUGGCUAACAUUUACGCUAUUGCAGAGCGCGCGGCAGAUUUGAUCAAGGAGGAUUGGACGGGCUACGGGAUCGAGACUCGACCGGGGAAAAAGUUAACGAAGCUUUCAGCUAUGAGAUACAACAUGUUUUAUGAAUAUUAA